AUGAUGGAGACACUGCAGAAGACGUCCCUACAAACGGCUGCUGUGGAGUGUGAUGUGAUGCAGGAAGAGUUAGCGGAGAUAAACAUUACAUGUCAAAAGCUGAUCCAGGAGCGAGAGAGAGGCCAACAGGAACUCAGUGAAUCUGUGAAAUCUUUUAAAAGUUCAGCACAAGAGGCCGUGGAGAACAUUGAGAAGGUCUUCACUGAGCUCAUCUGCUCUCUGGAGAAGAAACGCUCUGAGAUUAAAGAGCAGAUCAGAGCUCAGGAGAAGACUGAGACAGAUCGAGCAGAGAAACUUCACAAACAUCUGGAUCAAGAGCUGACAGAACUCAGAAAAAGACAAACAGAGAUUGAGAAACUUCUGAUUAGUGAUGAUCAGAUCCAUUGUAUGAAGAGUUUUCAGUCUGUGUGUGUCUUAUCAAAAUUUCAAGACAUUCCCAGCAUCACUCAACACAGUGAUCUGUCUUUUAAAGACAUUUCAAUCUCAGCAUUCAGAGAGGUUUUGGAGGAUGUCUGUAAACAGCAAACAGCCAGAAUAUCUCGAGAAGUGUCAAAUGUCCAUGUUGCAAAGUCUCCAGAACUAAAGACCCAAAAAGAUUUUUUACAGUAUUUCUGUCAACUUCACCUGGAUCCAAACACUGCACACACAACCCUCAAACUGUCAGAAGACAACAUGAAAAUAUCACGUUCAGAUGGAGUUCAGCAAUAUCCUGAUCACCCAGAGCGAUUUGAUAUGUUUCCCUACAUCAUGUGUAGAGAGGGUUUGUACGGCCGCUGUUCCUGGGAGGUUGAGUGCAGUGGAAACAAUUGGGCUGUGGCUGUUUGUUACAAAGGAAUUGGUCGUAAAGGAAACAGUGAUGACUGUAAACUUGGCUUGAACAAAAUAUCCUGGAGACUGGGCUUUUUUCUGCAGAAUUUCUGUUUCAUGCAUGCUAAAGCACAGGUCCGUAUCCCUCUUUCUUCUAGAAUAGGAGUGUAUCUGGAUCACAGAGCAGGAACUCUGUCCUUUUACAGCAUCUCUGACACAAUGACUCUACUACACAGAGUCCAGACCACAUUCACUGAACCCCUCUACCCUGCAUUUUUUGCAGUGUUGGGUUCAACUGUCAGGAUCAUAGAGCGGAGAAAAAUUAAAAAAGGCCAAAUGUAAAAACAGAAUUUAUAACAAAGUUAAACCAUAAAUUGGCUAAACUAUUCACAAAUCCAAUGCAAAUCAGCGUGCAUUACAGUUGUUGAAUGGUUUUGCUCUCAUCUUGACUGAUAUGGUUACUGCAUAUGUGCACUGGCUAAAGUAUGUGUUUGUUUUUUGUUUUAUGAUAUUACACGGGGCUGUGUGGCUGGCAAUUAAUGUCUUGGUUCUUUUUAAAGGGGUAGACAAGCAUCUUAUUGUGCAUUUAAGUUUCUUUUGAUUGGUUUAUCUUUGUUAGUUAGGUAUAUGUACUGUACUGAACGGCAUUGAAUACUGUGUGCAUUGUAUCUAUUGUUUUGGUUAUUUGCAUGGUAUUGCUCACCUCUGUUUGUGUGUGGCUCACAGUGUGGCUUUGUGCAGGACUGGUGAUUCUUGUGGCUGUGUGUAUGAGAAGGUUUGCACUGUAAUGGUAAUUAAAGUUGUUUAAGAGCAUUUUGUUCAUUGUCUGUGGUACAUGCUGUGGGUUUUCUGUUUUCUUCUCUUUCUCUGUCCUCUACAGGUGGUAAAAUAAAGCAGCGUGUGUGAGCAGGCCUGAACCUUCUUGCAUGCGGAAGAAAGUUUUUCCCUCCUUUUAUAGAUUCUGUUGACAUACAGAUGUUUUAAUAU